AUGGCUCAAGAGGGCAAACUUCGGAGAAUUGGGAUCAUCGGUUUUGGUCACUUAGGUCAGUACCUGACAGAGAUGAUUGAGGAAGAAGGGCAUCAACAUGGUAUUGAACUGGCCUUUGUGUGGAACAGAAACCCGAAAAAGAUGGAAGGGAAAGUCCGAAAGGAGCUGCAGCUGGAGGAUCUGAACAAGUUUGUUGAGAGAUGUGCUGACCUUAUUGUCGAAGUCGCUCAUCCUCGGAUAAUAAAGGAAUAUGGUGAGGAGUUCCUCAAACAUGCAGAUUGUAUGAUUGGGUCUCCAACAGCAUUUGCCGAACAGGAAGUGGACACCAAAUGUCAAGAAACAGCAAGGAGAUACGGACACACGCUGUAUAUACCCAGUGGGGCACUCUGGGGGGCAGAAGACAUCCAAAAAAUGGCCAACAGAGGAACACUGAAGGCCUUGAAGGUGACAAUGAGCAAACAUCCGGACAGCUUCAUGCUGCAUGGCCACCUGCAAGAGCUGAAGGACAGCAUGAAGGGACAGCGGGCUGUACUGUACGAAGGCCCAGUGAGGAACCUGUGCCCCUUUGCACCCAACAAUGUCAACACCAUGGCUGCUGCAGCAAUGGCCGGACAUAACUUGGGCUUUGACCGGGUGCAGGGCUGCCUGGUAGCUGACCGAAGCCUGUUGAAUUUUCACAUCGUGGAUAUCGAAGUAACCGGUCCAGUGAACAAGGCAUCAGGCCAUGAAUUCACAGUAAAGACUAGCCGGCAGAACCCUGCCCCUCUAGGGGAAGUGACGGGUAUGGCAACCUAUACUUCAUUCUGGAGCAGCCUGCUCAAUUGUAAAGGUCAUGGGGGCAAACUCUUUCUGUGCUGA